AUCAUAGCUUUAGCACAAGGAAAGAAGAAGCGGUAACUUACUGUGACAGGAAGCGUGUACCACAACAACGUGGGUUUAUUGAAGUCGCCGGUGUUUAUGUCCGCAUUACUAAAGCUUUUUGUUAUUCACAAUGAAGCACACGGAGGUGCAGCAACAGCAUCCCUCCCUCUAUCUUGAAGUUUGCUCCCAAAAUGAGGAGCAGCGUCUCCCUCUGCACACCUCCAUCGCCCUGUUCCUCCUCUCCUACUGCGAGUGCAAGUCUUUCAAAGUUUUCCUGGUCUUCACCAAACCUGGCAGCUCCCAGUCACUGAAGAGUCAGCUGCCAGAGGGUUUGGAUGUGUCUGACAUUCAGUUGGAGGAUCUGCCUCAGUUGGUGAGGGGCUGCCGUCUCCCUGCUGUGUUGGAUGAGACUGGGAGGCUGUGCAGAGCAGGGCUGGCAGUGGUCCUGAGACAUAUCAUCAACAAGACCUUGGAGGCUGAUCCCUCCAGGAAUGAUGUGCUGGCACUGCUGGGAUUCAAGAAGACCUGUCUGAAGGCCUGUGCUGAGGUGAGCAGGUGGACCAGACUGUGUGAAAUUGGCAUCCCCUCUGCUGUUGAAGAACACCUCAAAAAUCCCACAAAUCAAUAUGAGCAGCUGCCUCUCUCCAUCCUCACCCUGGAGCGAAGGCUAGCGGAGCCUGUCAGAGUCCACAAUGAUGACAAGAUACGGAGAAAGAAGCUGCAAGAGCAGAGACAGAGUGAAAAGAAUGAGUCCCCCGAGACCCAAGGGAAACCAGACUCUGAGUCCGGACAGUCACCUCAGGUCAGUGAUGGACUGGAGCUCAGGGCGGCUCUGGCAAAGCUGUCUGUAGAUUCAGUACCAACUUCAACCACCAGAGAGAACUCUGAGAUCAGGAAAGUGAAGACGACGGACCUGCCUCCGCUGGAGCAUGUGUUUGCUGAAGGACUGUACUUUACACUGACUGAUGUGGUGCUGCUGCCGUGCAUUCAUCAAUACUUGUGUUCACUCCAAGCCCACGCUGCGAGCACUCUACAUCAGCUCCCCCACCUGCUGCGUUGGUACAGCCGCGUUCAGGAGGUACCUGGGGUCCUCCGGGCAGCUGAGGCCUGUGGGAUGGCUUUCUCCAUCCCCCAGGUUCCCACAUACAGCCACCCAGAGCCAUCAGCAGAGGACAACGCAGCCAGCCUAUUGGAGCAAGAAGAAGGCCAGGAGAUGACCACACAGCUUCCCUUUGUCGGCGGCCCCCGACCCACAAUGACUAAACUUCAAGAAAAUGGCAUCAAGGCAGUGUUCGCUCCUCAUCCUUGCCCUGCCUGGACCCUCCCAUGGGACAGCUUACCAGAAGCUAUCAACCCCGCUGAAGGGAAAAUGUCAAAUAUCCGUGCAGUCAGGAAGAGGCAACAGCUGAAUAACUUGGUUGCUAUGGUUACAGAGCUAGCCAGGCCAGGACACACCGUCGUGGACUUCUGCAGCGGAACGGGCCAUGUGGGGAUUGCUCUGGCUCACGCACUUCCAGAUUGCCAGGUCAUCCUCAUAGAGAACAAAGAGGAGUCCUUGGUCAGGGCCCAGAGUCGGAGCGCUGAGCUCGGGCUGAAAAACAUUGGCUUCAUUCAGGCCAAUUUGGACUACUUCACCGGGCCAUUUCACAUUGGGGUUGCUCUCCAUGCAUGUGGAGUCGCAACAGACAUGGUGAUGGAGCACUGUAUUCAGGCAGGAGCCGCCUUUGUCAUCAGUCCUUGCUGCUACGGCUUCAUUCAGAAUGCAAUCAAGUUCACCUUUCCCAAGAGCAAAAGGUUCCAAGAGACGCUGACUUAUAAGGAACACAUGAUCCUCUGUCGCUUCGCAGACCAAACUGCUGUCCAGCUCCCUCCUGAGAGGCGACUCAUAGGUAAACAGUGUAUGGGCCUGGUAGACUUGGACCGCUCAUGGGCAGCAGAGACUCAUGGGUAUUCGGUGCGGGUGAUGACUAUGGAGCCUGAAAGCUGUUCACCAAAGAACAACAUGCUGGUGGGAAAGCUUCUGCACACAAGUGGACUGGAAGUCUGAGCUAACCAAGUGGAAGCGCUGGCACAUAAUUAGGACUUCAAGUGCUGGUGUACAGCAGAGCAUCUUCACUGUAGUCAGGGUUUGAUAAAGCACCAGGCCUGUGUGGCUCCUGGCUGUGUCGUCAUGGUGCUGAGAAUACAACUAUUUUUUACCCUCCUUCUAUGUUUUCUUCUUCUUUUUUAUAUGGCCUUGAAAAAUAAGACAUUCUUACUCUCAUUAUUUCUGGACUAGCAAAAGUCAUCUUCUCAAAUCUUCAGACCAAAGGUAAAAGCAAUAGUGCCGUGAUUUUUAAUGAAAUCAACAUGUGGAAGAGGGCUCCGCGAGAGCUGCUCCUCUCCCUUGUUAAAUGCGUUCAAUUAUUGGACGCCUAGUUGUAGUAAAAGCUCGAAGUCUCUCACCAACUGCUACGUUGCGUUUGUGUCUUUGCCUAAACUGUGUGAUCAAGCUGUCAGCGUAAACAGAAGCAGCAGGAAUUACACACCCACAUUGCGAAUUAAGAACAGCAUACUUCCACAUGCUGUUUUUGCAAAUAGUCUGUAUAUGGCCUUCUGUGAUAGAACUCUGCAGUCAGCUCCCUCUGUUGCCAGAUAUUAGGAGAAGAAAGGGAAAUUUGGCGCUAAAAAGUCAUCUGCACUUAAAGAUCAGAUGUGGAAUUACCAUCAUCUACCUCUCCUGUGCAUGUGUGUGUGUUUGUGAGGGACUGGCGGAGAGAGAGAUGGGGAUAUAGAAAGAGGGGAAUUGGAUUGAAACUCAUAUCAUAUCAGGUGAAAUAUAGCAUUUGUCAUGGUUCUACAGAGAAACUGAUUAUUCCUCAUAAAGAAUGAAUGUGAAUAUGGUAUGCAUGUCGUAAUACGUUCAGCAGCAAUGAAUAUUUUAUGAUGCUGGGGAAAAGGUCAGUGUGCUUGAUUAGAUGCGCACUAUUCAGAGCCUAGUAGCCGAGAGUCACACAAUGCGCUCCGUAUUUCCAAUCCUGUAGACUUUAGACACACUGUAGCCCCCUAAGCUUUCAUUCUUCCAGGUGAAACCGGUCAUCUGUCUCCCUGAAAAAUCCUGUGUUGUCACUUUUGACAGAGCAUCACCGCUGCUUGAGAAAUCAGGGGAGGUAGCCAGAGAGCCAGUUUUCCCGUUCAUUCCGAAAGGAUAGGCGAGAGAGAGAGGCGGAGGCUUUUCCAGCGUGGAGCUCAUCUGAAUUCAGUCAGCAGAGUCAAUCUAUCCCGAGGUGAAUGGCCAGACACAGCUCCUUCCAAGGACUGGAAUUAUUUCAAAAGGAGAUGUCUGACUCCCUGUUCAUGUUUGUGGCUCUGCACAAGUGCACAUUACAGAAAUUCCUAUAGGCACAAAGGACACGAGAGAGAGAGAGAGUAGGUGGCGCUACUUAAAGCUCGUAUAGGAGAUGGAAUACAAAGGUGUGAAGUGGGUCGAUUGAACCCAAACACUUGAAGCUGGAAGGUGGCUAAACAAGAUUAUUUGUAUAGACAAAAUAGGCAAGAUGCCUGAGCUCAAUUCUGUAUAAGUGCACAGCAUUUCUUUACUAAUGGUAAUGAUACACUGAGCUGAAUGCUUUUUUUUUAAAUGUGUAUAUAACUGAUUGGCCUCAUUACAAAAGUUAACAAGAUGUGAGCUGAACCUGAAACAAAUGAUUUAUUAAAAGUUUUUUUUUUUUUUUCAACAAAAGGAACCUGUGAUUAAUUAAAUCAAAUGUAAUUGCAUAUGUAAAGGAGCAGUGUGCAGGAUGUAGUGGCAUCUAAUUUAUAUACUUUAUUAAUCCCCGAGGGGAAAUUAAGUGUUUUCACUCUUGCUUGUCAAUUACACACAGGUCCGAAAGACACACACAUGCACAAACAGGACCUAUACAUGCACAAAGUGGAGAGAUGUCAGAGUUAGGCGCCCCGAGCGGUUGGGAGGUUUGGUGCCUUGCUCAGGGGCACCUCGGCAGUGCCCAGGAGGUGAACUGGCACCUCUCCAGCCACCAGUCCACGCUCCAUAUUUGGUCCGGAUGGGGACUCGAGGUGACAUUUGAUAUUGAUGCCAAUGGUAUCAUGAAUGUCUCUGCUGUAGACAAGAGCACUGGCAAGGAGAACAAGAUCACCAUCACCAAUGACAAGGGUCGUCUCAGCCAGGAGGACAUUGAACACAUGGUCCAGGAAGCUGAGAAGUACAAGGCUGAAGACGAUGUCCAGCGUGACAAGGUGUCUGCUAAGAACGGCCUGGAGUCGUAGGCUUUCAACAUGAAGUCGACUGUGGAGGAUGAAAAACUUGCUGGCAAGAUAAGUGAAGACAACCCUCCGGUUCCCAACCCAAGUCCCUAUGGACUGAGCUACUGCCGCCCCUAGCGGUGAGGACUGCAGAUUGCAGCCAGCUGAAACUUCUCCCAUGUGCCAAGCGUGAACUCUCGGUUAGGAUCUCCUCAGUGUCCAUUGUUUGGAAGGUUUUUACCAGUGUGCUGUCCCUCUCCAAAACUAUCGGACCAAGGGUAUAUAAUUGGUAAACAUCCUUAAAAAAGCAAGUUUAUGUGACGAAUCAGUGUUUCUCCGAUGCUGUUUGGCUAGUCACAUACGGGCCACUAGCCAAGCACCUGCCACUGUGUGCUCUUGUAUUUUCUCUGAUAACUGAAGAUCCAGACUUUCAGGAGGUUUUUUCCUGUAGCAGAAUUAUCCGUAGAAGUCUCUGCCUCUCCGAAACAAACAGACCCGGUGAUUUAAAAUGGUAAAAACGCUGAAUAAAGCAAUUUCACAUUUAAAAAAUCGAUGUUUUUCUAGCGCUCUCGUUGCAGAGGAGCUGAUAAUUAAGGUGGCUAACAAAAAUGUAAAUGGCCCUAUCUUGAGCCAGUGUUUGGAUUGUCCGUUCUGGGCUACUGUACAAACAAGGAUAUCUCUGAAGACAAAAACCAGCUACCUAUGUCGGUAUAAACGACUCAUUCUAAGGUAAUAAAAACACAAUGAUUCUUAUUUUCAGGUGAUUAUACACUAAAAAAAUACUUAUUAUAUUAAAGUCUGCCAGUAUUUUCCCUUAAAUCCUACACACUUGACCUUUAAAGGAACGGUGUAUGGGAUUUAGUGGCAUCUAGUGAUGAUAAUUACACAUUGCAACCAGCUGAAACUUUUCCCAGCUAGGACUCCUUCAGUGUUCAUUGUCCUGGAGGGUUUCACCAGGAGCUGAAUUAUCCACAGAGGUCUCUUGCUCUCCAAAUCAAACACACCAGAUGAUCUAAAUUGGUAAGACUCUGAAUAAAGCAGUUUCGCAUUAUAAAUGAUUGUUUUUCUAAUUUUGUGUGGCUCGUUGUGGAGGGGCUGCUAACUACGAUGGCUGACACGAUAAUGCCAAUGGCCCUAUCUAGAGCCAGUGUUGGUUUGUCCAUUCUGGGCUACUGUAGGUAACAGAAAUACAAGGAUUAUUUUCAGGUUAUUAUAUACAGAAAACAUACAUAUUAAAUGUCUCCCAAUAUCCCUCUAAACCCUACACCCUGGACCUUUAAUGUGAGAGUAAUCUUUAUGUAAAUGCUGGUAUUUGGCAUUAAAAUAAUCAUUAACACUGAUGUAAAACUCAGUGGACUCUCCUCACCAUUCAUGCCUAUUUUCAAAAGCAGCUCUGAAACGGAACAAUUUGUUGCUGCAGCAAACCUCCACCAGCAAAUAAUGGCUCUCUCUUUGUUUUAUUAACUUCAGUUAUUACUUGUAAUUAAAAUUCAGCUGGUCUUGGUUUUCCACUUCAUUACACUGGCAACGUAUGUGGUUGUUUGUCUGCAACAGUUCGCUGCUCCAUAUUUGGGGUCUCUCUCCCUGUUGGCAUGAUGUUUCCCUUUUGACAAACAGUGACCUUGUUUAUGUGUUUGGUUACUAUAACAGGCAGUGAUGUAGAGUACAAGCCCAGAUGGAAUAGAUACAAGGGGCCUCCGCUGCCCUUUCAAUUAUCUCAAAUAUCAUGUUUUUACUGUGUAUUUACCAUUUUAACUUGCAUUACCAACAAUGAUUCAUUUCACUUGUGUAUUUUUUCUAAUAAACAACGUUGAGCAUAA